AUGAAGCCAGAAGUUGAGCAAGAUUUAGCUCAUAUUUUGUUAACUGAAUUGUUAGCUUAUCAAUUCGCCUCUCCUGUGAGAUGGAUUGAAACUCAAGAUGUUUUUUUGAAGGAUUUCAACACUGAAAGAGUCGUUGAAAUCGGUCCUUCUCCAACUUUGGCUGGGAUGGCUCAAAGAACCUUGAAGAACAAAUACGAAUCUUACGAUGCUGCUCUAUCUUUGCAGAGACAAAUCUUAUGCUACUCCAAGGAUGCCAGAGAGAUUUACUAUACUCCAGAUCCAUCUGAGCUAGCUGCAAAGGAAGAGCCCGCUAAGGAAGAAGCUCCUGCACCAACAACAGCUGCUAGCGCACCCGCCCCUGCCGCAGCAGCCCCAGCUCCUGUUGCAGCAGCAGCACCAGUCGCAGCAGCACCAGAGAUCGCUGAUGAACCUGUCAAGGCCUCUCUAUUGUUGCACGUUUUGGUUGCUCACAAAUUGAAAAAGCCAUUAGAUUCCAUCCCAAUGUCCAAGACAAUCAAAGACUUGGUCGGUGGUAAAUCUACCGUCCAAAAUGAAAUUUUGGGUGAUUUGGGUAAAGAGUUUGGUACUACUCCAGAAAAACCAGAAGAAACUCCAUUAGAAGAAUUGGCAGAAACCUUCCAAGACACCUUCUCUGGUGCAUUGGGUAAGCAAUCUUCUUCCCUAUUGUCAAGAUUAAUCUCAUCUAAGAUGCCUGGUGGGUUUACCAUUACCGUCGCUAGAAAAUACCUACAAACCCGUUGGGGAUUGCCAUCUGGUAGACAAGAUGGUGUCCUUUUGGUAGCUUUAUCUAACGAGCCUGCUGCUCGUCUAGGUUCUGAAGCCGAUGCCAAAGCCUUCUUGGACUCUAUGGCUCAAAAAUACGCUUCCAUUGUUGGUGUUGACUUGUCGUCUACUGCUAGUGCUGCUGGUGCUGCCGGUGCCGGUGCCGGUGCCGGUGCUGCUAUGAUCGAUGCCGGCGCUUUGGAAGAAAUAACCAAAGACCACAAGGUUUUGGCCCGUCAACAACUGCAAGUGUUGGCUCGUUACUUGAAAAUGGACUUGGAUAACGGUGAAAGAAAAUUCUUGAAGGAAAAAGAUACCGUCGCCGAACUGCAAGCUCAAUUGGAUUACUUGAAUGCCGAAUUAGGUGAAUUCUUUGUUAACGGUGUUGCUACCUCUUUCUCCAGAAAGAAGGCCAGAACUUUCGAUUCCUCCUGGAAUUGGGCUAAGCAAUCUUUGUUAUCAUUGUAUUUCGAGAUAAUUCAUGGUGUCUUAAAGAAUGUGGAUAGAGAGGUCGUUAGUGAAGCUAUUAAUAUUAUGAACAGAUCUAAUGAUGCUUUGAUUAAAUUUAUGGAAUACCAUAUCUCUAAUACUGAUGAAACAAAAGGUGAAAACUAUCAAUUGGUCAAGACCCUUGGUGAACAAUUGAUUGAAAACUGUAAACAAGUUUUGGAUGUUGACCCAGUUUACAAAGAUGUUGCUAAGCCUACCGGUCCAAAAACUGCUAUCGAUAAGAAUGGUAACAUUACUUACUCAGAAGAGCCAAGAGAAAAGGUCCGGAAACUCUCUCAAUACGUACAAGAAAUGGCUCUUGGUGGUCCAAUCACUAAGGAAUCUCAACCAACUAUUGAAGAGGAUUUGACCCGUGUUUACAAGGCAAUCAGUGCUCAAGCCGACAAGCAAGAUAUUUCCAGCUCCACCAGAGUUGAAUUUGAAACAUUAUAUAGUGACUUGAUGAAGUUCUUGGAAAGCUCCAAAGAAAUCGAUCCUUCCCAAACCACCCAAUUAGCUGGCAUGGAUGUUGAAGAUGCCCUGGACAAGGAUUCCACCAAAGAAGUUGCUUCUCUGCCAAACAAAUCUACCAUCUCUAAGACAGUAUCUUCAACUAUUCCAAGAGAAACUAUUCCAUUCUUACAUUUGAGAAAGAAGACUCCUGCCGGGGAUUGGAGAUAUGACCGUCAACUUUCCUCUCUUUUCUUGGAUGGUUUGGAAAAGGCUGCCUUCAAUGGUGUUACUUUCAAGGACAAAUAUGUCUUGAUUACUGGUGCUGGUAAGGGCUCUAUUGGUGCUGAAGUCUUGCAAGGCUUAUUACAGGGUGGUGCUAAGGUUGUUGUUACCACCUCUCGUUUCUCUAAGCAAGUUACAGACUACUACCAAUCAAUUUACGCCAAAUAUGGUGCUAAGGGUUCUACUCUGAUUGUUGUUCCAUUCAACCAAGGUUCUAAGCAGGAUGUUGAAGCUUUGAUUGAAUUUAUCUACGACACUGAAAAGAAUGGUGGUCUAGGUUGGGAUCUAGAUGCUAUUAUUCCGUUUGCGGCAAUUCCAGAACAAGGCAUUGAAUUAGAAAAUAUUGAUUCUAAGUCUGAGUUUGCUCAUAGAAUCAUGUUAACCAACAUCUUGAGAAUGAUGGGUUGCGUUAAGAAGCAAAAAUCUGCUAGAGGUAUUGAAACAAGACCAGCACAAGUCAUCCUACCAAUGUCUCCAAACCAUGGUACUUUUGGUGGUGAUGGUAUGUACUCAGAAUCCAAGUUGUCUUUGGAAACUUUAUUCAACAGAUGGCACUCUGAAUCCUGGGCCAACCAAUUGACCGUUUGCGGUGCUAUUAUCGGUUGGACUAGAGGUACUGGGUUGAUGAGUGCUAAUAACAUCAUUGCUGAAGGCAUUGAAAAGAUGGGUGUUCGUACUUUCUCUCAAAAAGAAAUGGCAUUCAACUUGUUGGGUCUAUUGACUCCAGACGUUGUCGAACUGUGCCAAAAAUCUCCUGUUAUGGCUGACUUGAAUGGUGGUUUGCAAUUUGUUCCAGAAUUGAAGGAAUUCACCGCUAAAUUACGUAAGGAGUUGGUUGAAACUUCUGAAGUUAGAAAAGCUGUUUCCAUCGAAACUGCUUUGGAACAUAAGGUUGUCAACGGCAGUAGUGCUGAUGCUGCAUAUGCUCAAGUCGAGGUUCAACCAAGAGCCAACAUUCAACUGGACUUCCCAGAAUUGAAACCAUACAAGCAGGUUAAACAAAUUGCUCCCGCUGAACUUGAAGGUUUGUUAGAUUUGGAGAGAGUUAUUGUUGUUACCGGUUUUGCUGAAGUCGGCCCAUGGGGUUCUGCCAGAACAAGAUGGGAAAUGGAAGCUUUUGGUGAAUUUUCAUUGGAAGGUUGCGUUGAAAUGGCUUGGAUAAUGGGUUUCAUUUCAUACCAUAACGGUAAUUUGAAAGGUCGUCCAUACACCGGUUGGGUUGAUUCUAAGACGAAAGAACCAGUCGAUGACAAGGACGUCAAGGCCAAAUAUGAAUCAUCUAUCUUGGAACACAGUGGUAUCAGAUUGAUCGAAGCAGAAUUAUUCAAUGGUUAUAACCCAGAAAAGAAGGAAAUGAUCCAAGAAGUUAUUGUCGAAGAAGACUUGGAACCAUUUGAAGCUUCUAAGGAAACUGCUGAACAAUUCAAACACCAACAUGGCGACAAGGUGGAUGUCUUUGAAAUUCCAGAAACAGGAGAAUACUCUGUUAAGUUGCUAAAGGGCGCCACCUUAUACAUUCCAAAGGCCUUGAGAUUUGACCGUUUGGUUGCUGGUCAAAUCCCAACUGGUUGGAGUGCUAAGACAUAUGGUAUUUCUGAUGAUAUCAUUUCUCAAGUCGACCCAAUCACAUUAUUUGUUUUGGUCUCUGUUGUGGAAGCCUUUAUUGCAUCUGGUAUCACCGAUCCAUACGAAAUGUACAAAUACGUUCAUGUCUCUGAAGUUGGUAACUGUUCUGGUUCUGGUAUGGGUGGUGUUUCUGCCCUCCGUGGUAUGUUUAAGGACCGUUUCAAGGAUGAGCCUGUCCAAAACGAUAUUUUGCAAGAAUCAUUUAUCAACACCAUGUCUGCUUGGGUUAACAUGUUGUUGAUUUCCUCAUCCGGUCCAAUUAAGACACCUGUUGGUGCCUGUGCCACAUCCGUGGAAUCUGUUGAUAUUGGUGUAGAAACCAUCUUGGCUGGUAAGGCUAGAAUUUGUAUUGUCGGUGGUUACGAUGAUUUCCAGGAAGAAGGUUCUUUUGAGUUUGGUAACAUGAAGGCCACUUCUAAUACUUUGGAAGAAUUUGAACAUGGUCGUACCCCAGCAGAAAUGUCCAGACCUGCUACCACUACCCGUAAUGGGUUCAUGGAAGCUCAAGGUGCUGGUAUCCAAAUCAUCAUGCAAGCUGAUUUAGCUUUAAAGAUGGGUGUACCAAUCUACGGUAUUGUUGCUAUGGCCGCUACCGCUACCGAUAAGAUUGGUAGAUCUGUGCCAGCUCCAGGUAAGGGUAUUUUGACCACUGCUCGUGAACACCAUUCCAGUGUUAAGUAUGCUUCACCAAAUUUGAACAUGAAGUACAGAAAGCGCCAAUUGGUUACUCGUGAAGCUCAAAUUAAAGAUUGGGUAGAAACCGAAUUGGAAGCAUUGAAGUUGGAGGCUGAAGAAAUUCCAAGCGAAGACCAAAAUGAAUUUUUGCUUGAACGUACCAGAGAAAUCCAUAACGAAGCUGAAAGUCAAUUGAGAGCUGCACAACAACAAUGGGGUAACGACUUCUACAAGAGGGAUCCACGUAUCGCUCCAUUGAGAGGUGCCUUGGCCACUUACGGUUUAACUAUUGAUGACUUGGGUGUCGCUUCAUUCCACGGUACAUCCACAAAGGCUAAUGACAAGAACGAAUCUGCCACAAUUAAUGAAAUGAUGAAGCAUUUGGGUAGAUCUGAAGGUAACCCUGUCAUUGGUGUUUUCCAAAAAUUCUUGACUGGUCAUCCAAAGGGUGCUGCCGGUGCAUGGAUGAUGAAUGGUGCUUUGCAAAUCCUAAACAGUGGUAUUAUCCCAGGUAACCGUAACGCUGAUAACGUUGAUAAGAUCUUGGAGCAAUUCGAAUACGUCUUGUAUCCAUCUAAGACUUUAAAGACCGACGGUGUCAGAGCUGUAUCCAUUACUUCUUUCGGUUUCGGUCAAAAGGGUGGUCAAGCCAUCGUGGUCCAUCCAGACUACCUAUACGGUGCCAUCACCGAAGACAGAUACAAUGAGUAUGUUGCCAAGGUCAGUGCCAGAGAGAAGAGCGCUUACAAGUUCUUCCACAACGGUAUGAUCUACAACAAGUUGUUCGUUAGUAAGGAGCAUGCUCCAUACACUGAUGAAUUGGAAGAGGAUGUUUACCUAGACCCAUUAGCCCGUGUCUCUAAGGAUAAGAAGUCUGGCUCUUUGACUUUCAACUCUAAGAACAUUCAAAGUAAGGACAGCUACAUCAAUGCCAACACUAUCGAAACCGCCAAAAUGAUUGAAAACAUGACCAAGGAGAAGGUCUCUAACGGUGGCGUCGGUGUAGAUGUUGAAUUAAUCACCAGCAUCAACGUUGAAAACGAUACUUUUAUCGAACGCAAUUUCACCGCGCAAGAAAUAGAGUACUGUAACGCGCAACCUAGCGCACAAAGCUCCUUUGCUGGAACAUGGUCUGCCAAAGAAGCCGUUUUCAAGUCCUUAGGCGUCAGGUCCCUAGGUGGUGGUGCUGCAUUGAAGGACAUCGAAAUUGUGCGUGUUAACAAGAAUGGGCCUGCCGUUGAACUGCACGGUAACGCCAAGAAGGUCGCUGAGCAAGCUGGUAUUACCGAUGUGAAGGUAUCCAUUUCUCACGAUGACCUUCAAGCCGUCGCGGUCGCCAUUUCUACUAAAAAAUAG